AUGGAAUCUUCUAUCGAUCCAAAAAAAUGUUCUAUAUGUUAUCAAAAUCCAAUAAAAUAUACAUGUCCACGAUGUUCAAUACGUACAUGUUCUUUAUCAUGUUGUCUUGAACAUAAAAAAACAUUAAAUUGUAAUGGACAGCGAGAUAAAACAUCAUUUAAACCAUUAGAUAAAAUGAAUGAUCUUGAUCUUUUAUCAGAUUAUCGAUUUUUAGAAGAAAUUAAUCGUCAAGUUGAAACAAGUAAACGAAAUGAACUUGGAAAUAAAAUGAAAUCAUUUAAUGAAGUAAAAUAUUUUCAAAAAUUAAUUCAAAAUAAAUUAAAAACAUUAGGAUCAAUACAAAUUCUUUAUUUACCUCGAUUUUCAACAAAACAUAAACAAAAUCAAAUGUGGUUUGAUAAAAAAGCAAAUGAUAUUUUUUGGCAUAUUGAAUGUCGAUUUUUUAUUGAUACAUUUUAUACAUGGACAAUAACUCAUUUACCAACAAAUGAAACAAUAUUAUCAAAUCUAUUAAAAAAAUUUCAUAUACAUCUCAAUGAAACAUCAAAUAUAAAUGAUGAAUUAAUUCUUUUAAAAUUAAAAAAUUUUUCUCAUGAACAACAAAUUUGUGUUUAUAUUGAAAAUUUUGGUCAAAAACGAAAACAAUUUGGAAAAUAUGAAAAACGUUCAUUUAAUACAAUAAUUGAUCUAUAUCAUGAGAGAAUAUUUAUUGAAUAUCCUAUAUUAUUUAUAUCUUUGUUAAAUGAUGAAAAUCAUAUGAAAGAAAAUUUAUUAAGAAAAAAAUCUUCAAAUUAA